GACACUAGGCAAGCAGCCCUCACUUUUGUGUAUGCUGGUGUGCUGCCCUUUUAGCUCCGGUUGCAGCCUAACUGGCAGCAUAAGUGGAAGCUGCCCGCUUCUGGCAAGCAUGGGCAGCAUAUGCUGGCUCCUGCUCGCGCUCGCAGCAGCCGACGUGCUGGAGCUCAAGGUCGACGACGAGCUCGCCGUGCAGGCGCGCGCCGAGUUCGCGAAAUUCGAACAAGUCAUUGCGCCGGCCGACGCCGUGCUCGACUGGGCCGAGCGCAGCGCAUAUAGAGAACAGGUCACCGACGAGGAGUUCGCGGCGUCGUGGGUCUACGCGACCGAGAACAGUGAAGAGGAGGGCCUCGACGCGGCGCGCUUCGAGCGCUUCGUGAGCGCCGUCGACGCCUUCGCGCGCGAGCGUUUGACGAAGGAGCCGCCGUCGCUCGGCCAGCUCGCGCGGGGCAUGCUCAAGUCGCCGGCGAUGCGCAAGAUGGUCACGUCGCUCGCCGUCGGCGCGGAGGGCUCGGGCGGCUUGCUGGGGAUGGACGAGAAGCUGCGCCUCGGCGACGGCACCACGGACGACGAGGAGCUGUCCGCGCAGCUCGACGACAUGCUGCAGUCGGAAGGCUUCGCGGAUCUGGUCGACCGCGUCGUGAACACGCCGUCGAUCCUCGCGGCGGUCGACGACGCGGCGCACAAGGGCACGGCUCCGAACGCGGCGGAUUUACUGCCCGCGAUCACGGAGGCGGUCUGCGCCGGCUCGGGCCUCUCGGAGAGGGAAUGCGCCGAGGUCGAGAAGUCGGCGGCGGAGCGCCUCAACCGCCUCGGUUUUCUUGAUGGUGAUGGCUCGGGCGGCCUUCUGUGGCGGACGGUCGAACGCCUCGCCUACUUCGCGACGCGGCUCGGCGCGAGCGGGCUCGGCGGAGCGCUCGUGCUGGCGCCAGUCGUCGCGCUUUUCCUCGCGCUCUUCCUGGCGUUUGCCGUGAAGGCGCUGGCGCACAACCUGCAACGUCUCUUCGGCCGCAAGAAGAAGAGGCGCAAGCGCGACUAGCUUAUCUAAUUG